GGGCAAAAUGCAAAACACCAAAAUAAUUAUCGUAUUGAUGCUAAUUUUGUUUGGUCUCUCUUCCGCCUUAAGAAUAGGAAGUAGACAGGAAGGAGAUACUGGGGUAGACAAUCCAGCACAACCAGCUACCUCACCUACUGAUGAGAAUGCUGAUACCAGCGCCACAGAAACUCAAGAGGAAGACAAUUUCUUCUCAUCUAUUGAGUCAAGGACCUUCUAUGAAACUCAUGUUUCAUCUCUUAGACAAACCAUUGCUAAUAACAAUGACGAAUACUUCCAAGCAACUGUAACCCGGACAUCUGCAGACGAUUCUGAGGAGUCUGAAAGAAAUGAUCUUCAAGGAGCUCCCACCAAUAUUGCUGACAAAGUUUGGGAAGAAUAUAGAAGAGCAAGAGGCAGAUUCGACUUUAGCUCUGCUCACAUUUAUGUCUUCAGAGAGUCCUUCUGGAUUAUCCUCGAUGCAGAGAACGGAGAUGUCACAGUUGAGAGAUCUGACCUUAGAAGCUUCUUAGGAUCUGACAGAAAAUAUGAUGAUGUUCUCGAUGACUUGUUCAACCACAGAGGUAAUUCAUUCAGUAUUGCUGAUGCUACUUUCAUCUACUAUCUUGAUCAACAGAGAGAAAAUGUUCAGAGUAGAGAGUACAAUGUUGCUAUCUCUACAUCUAAUGGUAACUAUCAAGUUCAAGCUCUUCCAUUUGAAUUAAGAAGUAUCUUGAUUAAAAGGCCCCAAAAUAUGGACUUACACGGAGAAUGGUAUUCCUUCCAAUUUGCUUUGGAUCUUGAUAAUACCAACUUCCUAACUGCUCGUACUGAAGGUUUGUCAGGGCUCGUUCCAAUCUCCUGAGAAAUUUGGGGUGAUGAGAUCGGAGAUCUUGAUAUUGACCAUCCAGAGUUAAGAUUUGAUAUAUCCCCAGUUGGAGACCAAAUCAAUGUAGACUUGCUUAUCAGUCUUUUGGACCAAGAAAAUGCUAUUGAUCACAGAAUCUCACCUCAGCUUGGAGAAGACGACUCUGCACCAUUUGAUACUACAGUUAACAUUGCCGCACCAAAAGGUUUGGAUACUUUUAAUCAUUUACCUGUUACAAGCGCAUUCUUUAACAUCUCUGGAAGUGAUUUAGUUGUUCUUUCCAUGGACCCUGCUUGCCCAGACUUCGCAUUCCUUCCAUUGGAGAUGAUGACCUCUGCUAACUCCUGUGAGAUUAUUUAUGUCUCGUCCAAUAACGUUAAUAUUGAAAUCCAAGGUCAGGUCUUAAUGAACGGAGAAUAUUUUAUGAGUUUAUUCAGAAAGGAUAGUGAACAGAAUGUCUACAACAUCACUCUCUUUGGUCAAGAGGGAACCUCUAUGACUUUUGCUGACAUCAAGACUUUCCUUUUCUCUACUAUGGAAGUUAGAUACGAGUCUACUGUGCUGACAACUGAUUCUGAAUCACUUGCCAGAUUCGCUGAAUUUGGAAUUGAUGAAGACAACACCUUGAUUGAGAACCCAGUUAUUGAUAUCUCCUAUGAAACUUACCUCAUGUACUCUGUAAGAGGAAGAUACGCCUUUGGAGACAGUCUCAGAAACAGAAUUGCAUUCUUUGGAGACUUCAUCAACUUGGAUGGAGCUGUUCUUUCUUACGCUAGAUUCUUCUUUAACCCAUCUGUCUCCUCCAGAACCUUCUCUGAGUUCUUUAACAUUAGAGGAAACCAAGAUGCUGGAUUCAGAAGCUUCAGAAUUCUUGACUUUGAGCUUAUCAGUGUAAACAGAGACUUUGAUAUUGAUUCUAUCACUCAAAUGAGACACUCUAAUUUGAUGAUUUAUACAGAUAUGGACAUACUGACCAGAAACGGCCUUUCCAUUGUUCUAGAAACAGACCUUGAUUAUAACUGUGACAACAAUGACUUCUGUAGGAUGCUGAAAGGAUUUGGAGUUCCAUCUGCAUUGAACUUCACUGGAGUAAUCGGAGAGCAAGAGACUAUUCUAUCCACUGAUUUCGCCAACUUCACUCUUAAUGAUGUAGUUAACUAUGAACAUAACUCCUUCAGCAUUAGGAUUUCACCAGCUGGAGAUGAAGGAAGCUCAGCUAAUCUUCUCUUUGAUGGUGAACUUCUCGGGCAAUUUGAACCAAACGGCAGAUCUGUGAGAUUUGAUACUAGAUGGACAUUCCCAAACACCCCAACAGGACUUGUUGGCUUGUCUGGUACUAAGACAAGCAUCUACGAUAAUAUAUUCAAUUUGGAAAUCUUCGAUAUUCUUGAGGGAGUCAUUGAUGGAACUAUUGAUCCAAAUACCAACGUCGUCAACUUUGAUUACAGAUCAACCUCUAUUGUUGGCAGAGAUUGCUACACUCAUCCAGAAUACAUUAACUGGGUAAUUGAUGACGACAACUCCCCAGAAAGUUCGAUCUAUAACUAUGAUAAUGAGGAUGUUAACGAAGAUGGAACUCUUGACGUCAUCUCUGAUUCUUGUAUUGUUGGAAACUCUGACCUCAGAAUCUUCAGCAACGAUUACUCUCAUAACAGAUUUGAUGCUCAGUUUUAUUUCGAAGGAUAUGAAGAUUUCAUCAGAACUGUCUUCAACACUCAGCCAGAAGAUCAUGUCUCUAUCCUCGUUGAUCACUUUGAAUUCCCAAGAGGACUUACUACCAAUAAUGUUUACAGAGAAGUGAACGAUCAAGAAUAUGUUGAAUUCUUUGGAAUGGGUCAAUUGCUAGGAAUCACUGGUUACGAUGUUGUCAGAGCUUACACAGAUGAAGAGAGAGUAACCUCAUCUUUCUACUUCCCAUCAUUUACUCUUGGAGGAGCAAACCUUGAAAUUAUCUCUGAUGCUGAUAUUAAGCUGCACUAUCCAACUAAUGAUGGCAGAUACUGUAGAGGAAGACUAGACUGUCGUGACUCUAAUGGAAACCACGUUGGAGAUCAAGGAAUCUUCGAACAAAACAAUACUAUGAUGCUUGAGUUCGAUACCCAAAACAUGAUUGCUACCGAUAUCCAUUUCUCUGCUAAUAUGGUUAUCUUUGAAAUUCUCCAAAGAGUCGAAUACAGUCUGAGCCAAGAAAGAUGGGACUUUGUAUUCAAUGGUAAACCAUGGAGAGGAGCUUUUGAUGCUGAGGUAGUUGUCGAAGUAGUCCCUGUUCCAAAUAUGCCAGCUGAAGAUAAUUCUGUAGUCAGAGUUGUCUUAGAUCAGACUGAUAACUUCUUCAGACUCCAGACUUUAGUCAACGAAGAAAUGAAAAGAUGGGCAUCAAAUUUGAUCUUCUCAAGAUUGACUACUGAAGAAAGAAGAUCCACUUUAAGUCAUAUGAGAGAAACUCUUGUUCUUUACCAGAAUCAAUAUGUUGAUUGUGUUGAGACUGAGCAAUGCCAAAACCUUCCUCAGAUCAGAUGUACAGAAUACGCUAAGAAUGCAGUCUGUGUUGAAGAAGCCCAAGUCUGUGCUCAAGUGACUCAGAGCUGUAUCGCCAGAGAAACUCACACUUAUGAUUGGGGAACCUUCGAAGUUUGUACUGAAUUCGGAACUGUCUGUGAAGAUGGAGAUGAAGGAACGAACACUGUCUGCUUAGACUAUGAUCUCCAAGAUGUUCCUGAUGAAUGUGUUGCAAUGGAGCUAUCCUGCACCAGAGUGAUGAUGCCAGAUGAGAACUGUGUUGAGACAUACCAAAGAUUGCAAGAACAAAUUGAUAUGAUUGAUACAAGACUUACUCAACUUAUUGAGCUUGAGUCAUUACUCCAACCUCUUCAAGAUAGUGCUGCCUGCAUGAUCAGACUUAACAAUGACCAAAGAGAAGAGUACCCAGAUUGCACACACAGAGAUGAUACUUAUGAAGGAGUCCCAGAGGAGUACGACCUUCUCCAAUUCUUCUCAAUAAGAGAUACUAGAUCCAUCAUGAGCCUUAGAAGUGUAGUUUCUUCAGACUCUAUGAUCUUUGAAUCUGAUGUAAGCCUGUAUGGAGAUUGGAUCAGAGGACAGACAGGUAGAGACAGAUCAAUCAUCAGAAACAGUCUCGAUGACACUAGAGAAGAUGAAGAAAGAGGAUAUGAUAUUGGAGUUGAAUCCUUGCUCUAUAUUAACCACCCAAUUGAUUUCAACAGCAUCAACAGAACUUCUGAGAACAUUGCUGAAUCAAUUAAGCAAGUAGUUUGUAGAGAGAACAACUUGCAAGGAGAAAGAUCUUCAAGAGUACAAGUACUUUUAAGAGACCACGGAAUGCUUGAAGGAAACAGAACUAUCUGCCCAGAUCUCGAAACACUUAACAAUGAUAGAUAUCAAAACGCUGAUCAGGAUUUAAGAGUUGACCAAGCUAGCAUUUAUGCUUCUUCAACCAGCAGCAAUGAAUAUGUCAGCUCCACAUUUGAAUCAGAUGAUGAAGCUACUCUCAGAUUUAGAUACUCUCCAUCACAACAAGUCAUUGAGGCUUCUAGAGUAAGAGAAUCUUACGAUGAAAGAGAACAAUAUGGCCCAGCCGAUGUCUUGCCAAACUCAGUAAUCGAUAGAGUUGAUGAUGAAACAGUUGCUGAGACUGAAGCCUUACAUUAUACCCAGGAAGAUAGAAUCGCUGAAGAAGAAUUAGAGCAAGAAUAUGUUGAUGAAAUUCAACAAGAAUGGACUGAUGAGGCUAACCACUAUGAACAAAAUCAAGGAGAUCUAGAUAAUGUUGUUGAAGAAGAUCAUAAUGAUAUCGAACAAAACCUUGAGAAUGAAGCUGAAGAACAAAGAAGAGAAGAGGAGGAGCAAGAGGAAAUAGAAGCUCAAGCUCAAGAACAAGCCGAACAAGAGGCUGAAGAGCAAGAACAAGCUGAACAAGAAGCUGAAGAGCAAGCUGUUCAAGCUGAACAAGAAGCUGAAGAACAAGCUGAGCAAGAUGCUGAAGAACAAGAGCAAACUGAACAAGAAGCUGAAGAGCAAGCUGAACAAGAUGCCCAAGACCAAGCAGAACAAGAAGCUGAAAACCAGAGAAGACAAGAAGAGCUUGCACAGCUCCAACAAGAGGCUGAGGAAGCUAUUUCUAAUGCACAAGGACAGAUUGAUGAGUCUAAUGAUGAGAUAGAUGAAAUCAAUGAUCAAAUUGAAGACAUCAGAGAUGAGAUUCAGACAGCUGCAGACUUAAACGAAGAAGCUGAAACUCUUGAAGAUGGAUCUAAUGGUGCACAAAACGCCGAAACUGAAUAA